AUGGCUUCCAAAGAAACGUCAAACGUUAGUGAAGAAGAAAAAUCAGAAAAAAACACAAAUUACAACCCAAAAUUAGACUUUUUUAGCGAACAAUUCGACCCAUUGUUGGCUUUACGAACACCCAACGUAGCUAUACCGAUUCCUGAGGCAAAAACGUAUGACAAUAUUCACAUUUUUAAGUCAGUGCUCGAGGGUAAACCUCAAGCACCGGCUAAAAGCAAAAAAACUGAAGUGCCCCAAACGGCCCCCAUUGAAAGAAGGUGGCUACCACAUCAGUUACCCAUACAGACCAAACGAAAAACUUUUCACAAAAAUAUAUUUACGAAAAUGGAAAGUGCCGUCGGACCUUUGCAAUUCCUCAAGACGUGUAAGGACAAACGGCAUAGAAUCAAGAUCUGGACGCGACAUAGUCAUGACAUUCGAGGAUACUGUCUUGCGUAUGUCGUGGCGUUUGACAAGCAUUGGAAUCUGGCAUUAGAAGAUGUUGAUGAAGUGUGGACAAGGCCGAAGAAACGGAAAAUACCAGCUUUGGAUAGUGCAAGUAAGCGAGGAUUUCGGCCGAAGGUCUUACCACCGCCGAUUACUGUAAUACAGACAACAAAAAAAACUGAGACUUGCUCAAGGCAUGUCAGUCAGCUUUUGCUCCGAGGUGAACACAUUGCCUAUAUAGUUGUAAUUCCAGAUGUAAAGAAAGAAUAAUUAGAGAAUUAAAUAACAAGUCUAAGAUAUUGACUACACCUUUCCGCAUCCUUUAAAAGUCACACACUUAUUAUACAGGACCUUGAAAUCUCGGACUGAAAUUUAGAUGUGACUGGAUGAAAUUUAAAUCAAGCUGGGCAUUUAGAUGGGAAAAAGAACCAGUUCGAUGUUGACCCGAAAAUAAAAAUAAAUAAUAUUUAAAUAAAAAAAUAACUGACCCAUACAAGUUUGGUUCUAUUUUAAAUAAAGCGAAACGUAAAAAUACUCAUCAGAGGAUAAAGAG